UUUGUGAACUAGCUGUGACUUUUGCGCUAUGUGUGGCUAUGGCUUCUUGUCUUGUCUUCACAAAUAAGCAGAAUUCCUAGGCCACCCUUUUUCUUCUAUUGAAUAGCUUAUCUAACACAAUGACUUCGAAAAGUGAAAAAGAUCGAGCAAAACAAAUCCAGGAUCGAUGUCAGAAUAUUCUAUUGCAAAUGCUAAAAGAUGAAGAUAACAAAUACUGUGUUGAUUGUGACGCGAAGGGUCCUCGAUGGGCAUCAUGGAAUCUCGGCAUAUUUCUGUGCAUCAGAUGUGCUGGCAUCCAUCGGAAUCUCGGCGUUCACAUCUCCAAAGUGAAGAGCGUCAAUUUGGACUCGUGGACACCGGAACAAGUUGUAUCACUACAACAAAUGGGCAAUUCCCGCGCACGCGCGGUGUACGAGGCGAAUCUACCGGACUCGUUCCGUCGGCCUCAGAACGAUAACACACUGGAGGGGUUCAUACGCGCCAAGUAUGAGCAGAAGAAGUAUAUUGCCAAGGAGUGGGUGCCGCCGCCGCUGCCUAAAGUCAACUGGGACAAAGAAAUAGACGAAGAAAUAGAAAGGCAAAAGAGGAAAAAAAAAGCUGCAACAUCAACUCUGGGACCAUUGCCAGCACCGAGCAGCGACAAAAAAUACAAUAAAUCGGACGUCAUACCAAGUCUGCCCAAACCAAAGUCGUCCGUCAGUCCCAAACUCGGCCGCAGCACGCCAACCAUACAGGCCGAGGCCAGCAAACCCUCGAACGGUUCAGCAGAUCUCCUAGGCCUCGACACGAGCAAACCAGAACAGAAACAAACGAACAACGACGACAUCUUCUCGAGUUUCUUCUCAGCGCCACAAGAGAAUCCGCCGCAAACCAGUCAAGAAACAAAGCCCGACUUGAAAACGGAGGAAGAAAACUUCUUCAAACAGCCCGCGCCCACGGAGAAGGAAAAGAGCAAACUAACUAAGGACAGCAUAUUAGCGUUAUAUAGUCAAACUCCGUUAGUGAACCAGUUCAAUCCAGUGCAACCGGUGCAACAAUACCCGUUCGGUUAUCAAGCGCCCGUGUAUAAUAAUAUGCAGAUGCCAAACGGCAUGCAGGCGAAUCAAAUGAAUCAAUUCCAAACGUUGAGCGGGCAGUUCGCGCAGUAUCCACAGACAAUUCAACAACAAAUUCCUCAGCAAAUGGGUCAACAGAUACCACAACAGAUACCACAGCAGAUACCACAGCAGAUGCCACAACAAAUGCAACAACAUCAACAAGUAUUCCAACCGAACCCCCCAACAAAUCAAUUCUUCAACCAACCGCAACAGUUAUCACAGCAAUUCGGUAAUCUUAAUCUAGGACAAGGUUUUCCAAACGCGUUCCCUCCCAACAGCAAUAUAGCUAGUAAUUCCACUUGGCAAUAGACAGGUUUGUGUCAGUGUUUCUAAUUUGUGGUGUGAUGUUGUCACUAUGGCGUCAUGUCUGUACCAUUGACAAUAAUUUCACCUUACAAUAGCUAUAGAGAGAUCUAGGUUCGCUGUCUGGCAACUAUCUUAAUUUCUUGUUUAUGAUUUACAAAUUUUACACUAGUUUGUUGAUAAUACUUGUUUAAUUUGCGUGAAAAUGGGGGUAGUUGCGAGUUGUUACGCGGACUACUGAUUUAUUGCGGCGUUCGUUGUAUGUUAUAGAAUGUGUCUUUGAAUAUAUACUGAUUUUGAAUUAUUAUUCAUGAAAAGAAUGAAUCUACAAAAAAUAGUGUUGCCUUCAAGUGGUCCAUAAUUAUCGUACAUAAUUCAUUAAAUAUGAAACAAUUAUAUCAAACUUAAUUAUGCAGUAACUUAUUAAUCUAUAUGUAUUAUAUACUUUAUAAACGAAAUUUCUCUUUCUUAUGAGUCAGACAGUGCAUCAAAAUCUAUUUAGAAUUGCCUCUUGUCACUUAUUAUUUUAGAGUGAAAUGAGGAUAAAAUACAUAUAA